AUGGGUCGCUAUACCGGGAAAAGUUGUCGUCUGGUUUUCAUGCUGACGAUGACCAGCAUGUUUUUCUUGGCUGAGAUCGUGGCCGGUUAUGUCGGGAACUCCAUAGCGCUGGUGUCAGACUCGUUUAACAUGCUUUCCGACAUCAUCUCGCUCUCGGUGGGUUUGAUUGCUGCGCGCGUUCGUCGCCGCACCUCCUCUCCGCGCUGCACGUACGGACUGGUGCGCGUCGAGGUGCUGGGCGCGCUGGCGAACGCCGUGUUCCUGGCCGCCGUGCGCUUCUGCGUGUCGGCCCAAGCACUUGAGCGGCUCGCACAGCCCGAGGCCAUCGACAAACCCGCUCUAGUGCUUGUCGUCGGCAGCAUCGGCCUCUGCAUCAACGUGGUGGGACUGCUUGUGUUUCAGGACUGGAGAUGCCUGCGCAAGAAAAAAGCGCACACGACGCGCCGCGACAGCGAACCGAAGAGCGACGCGGACACAGAAGCAGGAUUCCAGCAGACAGAAUUGGAAGAAGUGGAUGAAUUUGAGGAUGAAGGCCACCACCUUAACAUUAGAGGAGUGCUACUCCACAUGCUGAACGAUGCUCUAGGAUCAGUGGUGGUAGUGGUUACCUCAGCUCUGUUCUAUGCCUGGCCCAAGGCACAGGAUGCCCCAUGUAACUGGCAGUGCUAUGUGGAUCCAAGCCUGACGCUGGUCAUAGUGGCUGUCAUUAUGCCCUCUGCCGUUCCCCUAGCUCGGGAAACAGCAACCAUCCUGCUGCAGAUCAUCCCUCGUAACAUGCCCUUCAAAAGAAUCUUGCAAGAAGUGUGCAGCCUUCCGGGGGUCCUGAGCAUCCACGAUGCUCACAUGUGGGAGUUGACGAAGGGACGAUACGUGGCCUCGCUGCACGUACGAGUCUUCCCCGAGCUCCAUAGUUCUCUCAGUGCAAUCAAAAUGCUCCAUCAGGAGAUCAGGAACGUCCUCCAUAACUUCGGCAUCCACAGCGUGACGGUUCAGUUGGAAUUCGGCGACGGAAGCAUGGAGAAGAGCUACUGUAGCACUCCGUGUUCCUCCCCCUCCUGCCUAAAAGUGUCCUGUUGCCCUCCUGAUGUUGCUGGACUUCCACUGUGUAAAGCAAACCAACUCCCUCACCACAGAGAAUUCAACACAGACAUGUAUGAAAUAAGCAAUGUACUCAAAAUACAAGCACCGAGACCAUCGAUACAUUCUUACACAGCCACAAAGCUUUAACAGCCGUAUGACUGAAAUCUUUCUGUUUGACUUUGAGCAUAAUCGUAAGGCUUAAUUUGGGUCAGAGUGAAAUGCCACAGUGUCUUUGACAAUACAAAUAUUGAUGCUUUUGGCCCAAUCUAUCCUAAACUGGGACUCUAGGCUAAAACACUAAAUUCAAUAGACUACAACGAAUUCUCUUUGUUGGGAAAUCAUUUUAUUUUUUUAAAUACUUUUUGCAUUACUUGCAUUUUGCACAAUCAACAAAGUCUUAAGAUGUACAGAAGACCCCAAUUACAUGUAUAUACACUUUUUUGAUCCUUUUUUUUUUUAAUGGUUUGUUGUACAUUAAUCUUAUAGCUGUAAAGAAAUAUUUUUUUCCUGUGUACUGGAAAUGGUUCUGAUUGUUUUGUAAAGCACUUUCUUCCCUCGAUAAAUGUACUUUUUUCAGACAA